CAAUUCACUUCCUAUCUCCAAGUUCGCAUCCCAUUUUUCUUCUUUACAAGUUGCUUCUCAAUCAUCCCAUAUAACACUAUAAUGGAGAAUCUACAAAAGAUGAUCUCUGAGAAGUCGGUAGUGAUCUUUAGCAAGAACUCUUGCUGCAUGUCUCACACAAUCAAGACUCUCUUCUUCGACUUUGGCGUGAACCCGACGAUCUAUGAACUAGACGAGAUCAACAGAGGGAAAGAGGUAGAGCAAGCAUUGGCUCAGCUCGGGUGCAGCCCGACCGUGCCGGUGGUUUUCAUAGGAGGACAGCUCGUUGGUGGAGCCAAUCAAGUCAUGAGUCUCCAUCUCAAUCGUUCUCUCCUUCCAAUGCUUAAGCGUGCUGGAGCAUUGUGGCUUUGACUUCAAUAAAUGUACUGAAGAAACUAACUAAAGCCAUGAAUUAACUAAAAAAUAUACACAAGAAUUAAUGUAUGUAUGAGUUAAUGCUGUGUCUAUCUAAGUUUUGAAAAGAUAGACUAUGCGGUUACCUAUUUUGUAAAGUGUGGGUAUUGUUUAUAAUAAAA